GUGUCCUGCUGCGGUGUGACCCUCGCGGAGUCGCCGCGGAGGAUCGGUUUCGCGGCGUGGUUUGUGAGGUGGAGUUAGGUGGUUAUCAUCGACUAAAACAAUACUGAAACUGUUUUCUAAUAGAAUGGCCAUCAGUCCAGGAGGAGAUACAUCUUUUUCCAGUCAGAAACCAAUAAUUUCGGAGAGUCUUAGAACCAAGAAGUCUUCGCUAACUGAAGAAGAGAUAUUUUAUAUGAAUUGUAGGGCUGCCUAUCUAACUGUGUUCAAAAGCAGCUUGGAAAACAUUGUUUCAAAAGAUCAACUUUACCUAGCUCUUCAGCAUGCAGGAAGAAAUCCAUCCCAAAAGACCAUUAAUAAAUAUUGGACUCCUCAAACUGCUAAACUGAACUAUGAUGAUUUUUGUGUAAUUUUAAGGAAGGAGAAACCUACUUCAAAAUCAGAACUGCUAAAAUCAUUUAAGCAAUUAGAUGUAAAUGAUGAUGGCUCUAUUUUACACACGGACCUUUAUAAAUUUCUAACAAAGAGAGGUGAGAAGAUGACUCAGGAAGAAGUAAAUGCCAUAAUAAAUUUGGCUGAUGUAAAUGCUGAUGGCAGAUUUGACUACAUUAAGUUUUGUAAAUUGUAUAUGACAACCAGUGAGCAAUGUCUCAAGAAUACACUAGAAAAACUGGAGGUUGACAGUAAACUGAGGCGUCAGCAGUUUGGAAGCCACAAUGAAGGGGCCCCUGAGAAGGACCCAUCACCAGUACCAAAACCAUCACCUAGAAUCAUAGGAAAAAGUGACCAGGAAACAUUAUCAAAUAAAGAUGAUACAAGGAGUUCAUUACUCUCAACAUCUAGAAAGUUCAAAACAUCUGUUUCCUUCACAAUUACCAUGGGCACCAGUAGCAACCAAAACUCAACGUUAACUGAGCCAAACUUAAAGGACUGGCAGUGUGUACAAUCAAAAGGCUGCUUCUUUUUAGAAGAAGAUGGUGAAAUUAUUAGUCAUCAAUACAAGAUGCAAAUAACUCAAAAGUCCAUGGUUUAUCUAACAAUUAAGCCAUUAAACCUGAGUCAAGUUGAAGGGAAACUAUCUUCUUGGCUGUCUGUUGAUACUACCUUAUAUAUUCUUAAGGAAAAUGAGAGUCGAGCAAAUCUACAACUAAUAUGUUUUACUGAACUGCGAAACAGAGAAGUGUUUGGAUGGACUGGCGAACUAGGACCUGGAACUUACUGGUUAAUUCCUUCCACAACUGGCUGUCGGCUGAGGAAAGAAAUAAAACCAAUAACAGAAGAAGCCCAACUUGUGUAUAGAGAUGAAACAGGGAAAUUAUUUCUUACAAAGGAAUUCAAAUCAACUUUAUCAGAUAUAUUUGAAAUAAUUGAUUUGGAUGGAAAUGGUCUUCUUAGCCUUGAGGAAUAUAAUUUUUUUGAAUUGAGAACAAGUGGUGAGAAAUGUGACGAAGAUGCAUGGGCUAUCUGCAGAGAGAAUUUUGAUACAAAAAAGAAUGAAUUAACAAGGCAAGGAUUUAUGGAUUUAAAUCUAAUGGAAGCUAAUGAUCGAGAAGGAGAUCCUACUGACCUCUGGGUUACUCUACAUUCGAUGGGCUACAAUAAAGCCCUGGAGCUGGAAGAGGCAUGUCCAUUUAUCAUUGAUAUCUGUGCAGAAAACUGCAAGCCAAGAAUUAAAGCUGUCCAUAUGGAAGCAUGCAGUGGGCAACUUGAAAAGGCCAUUUGUAAAUCAGUGCUUAGCAGGAGUGAUGCUAAAGUAAUGGAUGGCUAUGAAAAUAUAAUUGUACAUACAUACAAUUGUGAUACCUGGAUAACAUCAGUUAUUGAAAAUAAGUCAGAUGACAAAGUGAUUAUUCAUAUCAACAAUGAGUUGAGCAAAAACUGCGUAAACAACAGAGGACUCAGCAUUUUUGCAGUUGAAGUGGCACCAAAAUCUACAAUGGUUUGUCAACAUGUAAUGCCCUUGAAUGAGCAACAGGAAUGGAUAUAUUAUUGUGUGUACUCCCUUAUAUCUUAAAUAAUUAUACUUGGAGCCAUCAAAUAAAGAAUUAUUUUAGAUUUA